UGGCCCUAUUCAGAAUUUACUGCUUUUUGGCAAAGGGAACUCACGUCAGAAAAGCACGUCCAAAGAAGAAGACUCGCUAACUUCUCCACUUACCGAUCGUGCAUUUCUUUAACUCAUGGAUAAAGGUAGCAAAUAUCAAAUUUUCUGCAAAGACGGGUAGGCAUGACCUUGCUCACCAAGGCUGCAUUCAAUGGAGGAAUGAAGAGCUUCAUUUUCGUCUUCUACCGGCAAAUGGCCGGAACCAUUUUCUUGCUCCUGUGGGUUGUGAUGUUUGAAAGGAGAUCCGCAGCUCCACUCACGCUCCCUGUCUUCUUCAAGAUAUUCGCGCUUGCUUUCCUGGGUAUCACGCUGGGUGUGAAUCUCUAUGGGAUUGCGCUCGUCUAUACUUCGUCUUCACUCGUGUCCGUAAUUUAUAACUGCCUACCUGUUUCAACCUUCUGCUUCGCUGUUCUUCUCAGGAAGGAGAAGUUGAAUGUGAGGAAAAUAGCGGGAGUUGCAAAGCUUGGAGGAAUAGCAAUUUGCAUGGGAGGAGUGGCCACCCUUGCUUUUUUCAAGGGACCAAUUCUAAAUCCUCCUUUUGCUCUCCACAAUGCCCAAUACGAACCCCAACGCCAACACCAUGUUUCGACAUUUGGAAGCACAAAAUGGAUCGUAGGUUGCUUCCUUUCUUUCUUUUCAGUCUCCUCCUGGGGCUUAUGGUAUGUUCUUCAGAUUGGAGUAUUGAAGACCUAUCCAUCGAAGCUUCACUUCACAAGUAUUCAGUGUUUAUUGAGCACAAUUCAGUCGUUUCUUGUGGCGAUUGCUAUGGAAAGAGACCUCUCCGAGUGGAAGUUGACUUGGAAUGUUACACUGCUUGCGGUCCUUUAUUGCGGAAUCAUGGUCACGGCAAUUGCACAUUAUCUACAAUCUUGGGUGAUUGCAUCGAAGGGACCAGUCUUCCUAGCCAUGUCAACACCAUUGAAUUCAACCCUAACAACGAUCUGUUCCAUGUUUCUCUUGGGUGAAAGCAUAAAUGUUGGCAGCAUUGUUGGUGAGAUAAUGUUAGUAGGAGGCCUUUACAGUGUCUUAUGGGGACAAACGCAAGAGCCAAAUCUAGCCACUGAAAGUUCCUUACCAGUUCAAGUUGAGAAUGAAUGUAUAAAUGCAGAAAAUGAGGAGCCUAAAAAUGCUGAAACUUGUUAUUUAGCAAAAUGAAGUUUGAUUUUCAUAUCGUUGGUUGUUUUGUUGAACAUGUAAUGAUAUUUAUCUAGUACAUAGUAUGUGGCACUCACUCAUGAUAUAUGUUUUCUCAUUAUGCUAUGUUUCACCAAAUGUCAUUGAUUGACGAUUAAUCUCCAGAUGUA